AGGAUGCUGACAUGCUGUGAAAUGUUGUGACACGGGCACUGAAAGUCAGAUCCGGGGAGCGCUUGAAAAGGAGACGUUUUGAUACUCAUCUGGUGUUUGUUUGAACUAGGCCGGGUCGACUGUGACCCGUACCCUAACGCACUGACCUUCCCCUCUCUGACCUUUAACCUCCCCCCCUCCCUGUGGGUUUAGCGAUGGAGGUGCUGGUGAGCGAGCUGUCCGCCCUGCUGAAGCUGCUGGACCAGGAGACGCUCAGCGCCUCCACCCAGGAGAAGAAGAGCUCCGUCCGCAAGCUGCUGCAGCAGAUCAGCCCGGCAGUGACGGGAACAGACUACAUAUACAUGAACAUGCCGGUGUAUGGGAACGGCACCAGCUUUGUAGAGUCCCUCUUCGAGACGUUUGACUGUGACCUGGCGGAUCUCAGAGAAGCAACAGAGGACACCAAGCAAGACCAGCACUCGAUAAUCAACGAGACAGACGCUCCACAACAGAGCGCCGCGAGCCCCGCGACUCCUCGCCCGACGGCAGCUCCUCGCUCGGCUCCCCCUCUCUCGGCUCCCCCUCUUCUUUUGGCUCCUCCCUCGGCUCCUCCCCUUCCGACCACGCCUCCCCCAGAGGAUUACUACGAAGUGGCGCUGCCCCUCAGUCCCGGAGCCACGCCAGAGUACAUCGUCACCCGAGGCAGCUGCAGCCCUCCUAACUCCAUAGAGGACGGCUACGAGGACGCCGACAGCAACUACCCCCCGCCCUGUGUGACCCCGGGCCGCAAGAACUCCUACAACGACUCGGACCCGCUGAGCAGCUCCUAUGAGUCCUACGAGGAGGAGGAGGAGGACCGGGGGCCCGGGGCCCCGCCCCUCACCCACCAGUGGCCCUCAGACGAGAGCUCCAUGCCCCCCGCCCGGGACUGCCGCAUCUGCGCCUUCCUGCUGCGCAAGAAGCGCUUCGGCCAGUGGGCCAAACAGCUCACCGUCAUACGGGAGAACAGGCUGCAGUGCUACAAGAGCUCCAAGGACGUGGUCCCCUACGUGGACCUGCUGCUGCCCAUGUGCACCGUGGUCUACGCCCCCAAGGACAGCAAGCGCAAGAGGCACGAGCUGCGCUUCACCCUGCCCAACGGGGAAGGCCUGGUCCUGGCCGCGCAGAGCAAGGAGCAGGCCCACCGCUGGCUCCGGGUCGUGAGUGAGGUGAGCGGGCCUGGGGUCGGCGCAGAGGAGCCCUCGUCUCCCAUCAUCAAGAGGAAGGCAGAGCUCGACAAGAGGUUGUCCGCGGAGAAGAACACCUCUGAUUCCGACAGCGUUGGGUUCUCUACAGUGGACAGUCGAGACAAUGGUAAAGCAAAGCGUGGGCCGUUCGCUGCGGGCAGGAAGAUCACACGCAUCAUCAGCUUCUCAAAGAAAAAGCCCCCGCGACCAGGGGACCCCCAAACUUCUUUCACCAACCCUCGACAAGGCACCCUGCUGGUCCUGGUGAACCAGGCGUGGAGGGAGCAGUGGUGCUGCGUGUGCAGGGGCGCCCUGCACUUCUACCAGGACCGAGGGGACCCCCGGACCAGCCUGGCCCCCGUGCUGCUGCACGGCUGCGACGUGCUCCCGGGGCUGGGGCCCAAGCACCCCUUCGCCUUCCGCAUCCUGCGCUCCAGCACGGAGCUGGCGGCUCUGGAGGCGGGCAGCAGCGAGGAGCUGGGCCGGUGGCUCGGGGUCCUCCUGGCUGAGACGGGCUCGUCGGUGGACCCCGAGUCUCUGUACUACGACUACGUGGACCUGGACACCAUCGCCAACAUCCGGGACGCCGCUCGCCACUCCUUCCUGUGGGCCACUUCCUCCAGCAGCACUUCCACAGACUCCCGGACCUACGAUGAGGUCCCCCUCGAGACGACGCAGCCGGAGUCCUCCGUCCGGCAGACGUCCUGUCACCCGGCCAAGCGGCGCUCCAGCCUCCCUGGCAGCGAUCCAGGGCGGAGCAAGCCGCCCGUCUCCCUGAAGCGCACUGGCUCAAAUUCCAACCAGUACGGAAGGUAUGGGAAAACCAGGGCCGAGGAGGACGCCAAACGCUACCUCAGGGAGAAGGAGGAGAUGGAGACGGAGAAGGACGGUAUCCGCACUGCGCUGGUCGCCCUCCGUCAGGAGAGGAGGGACGUGAAGGAGGAGCUCAAGAUGGCCACCGAGAAGCAGAGGCCCUCUCUCUCGGAGCUCCUGUCCCAGCUGGAGGAGGCCUGCCGGGCCAAGGAGGCGGACCGGGUGGACCUGGAGCUGCGGCUGACCCAGGUGAAGGAGAACCUGAAGAAGAGCCAGGCGGGCGGGGCGCUCGGAGCCCCCGUGGAGGGAAAACUUCCAGCCAAGGCGGGCAACAGUAAAAUCCAGAAUAUCUACAGUGAGGCUUUGCCCGUCAACUGUGCCACAGAGAUGCGCAAAAGACCCCCGUCUGUCUACGCCUCCACUAAAGGAACUGUCAUGCAGAAGGCCAAGGAAUGGGAAUCCAAGAAAGCAACCUAAGGCGGAAUCAAGUGGAACGAAAACGCUAUCAAGGUUCAUGUUCCUGCCUGAAGAAGAUUAAAAAACAUUCGGAGCCAGCCGGAGUCGAUCGAUGGGCAGGACAACGCUACGGUAUCAACCAGGCCAGACACUGGCCUUCCAAGAUAUCAUCCUUUACACUGCAGCCUUUCUUUACACAUGAUAAGGGGGACAAGGGGGAGAUGGAAAAAAAGCAGAAAGAGGGCAUGUGCAAGUUCACUGACUGUGCAGAGCACAGCAGAGCAGGAGAGACGAGGAGUCUGUGAGGCCAGAAUCACUGGUGAGAUUGGACGAUGUAAGAGAGGUACAAGAGUCCAUGUGUUUGGUUUUUGUGUUUGAUAUCCAAUGCACAGAGGAGAGGCCAAAUCGUUGUUCGUGUGCAAGUGAUAAUGUGAAUCUCAUCCCGCCACACUGCAUUUUUAUAUCAUGAGGUAGACUACUUUGUCUGUGGUGUAUAUGUUGUAUAGGGUAAAGGAAAAGGGGUGUUUUGAUUUCUCUCGGAUGGAAAUGUCAGUGUAGAUACAAAUAAUUGUUAACUACUAACUUACAAUAGCCAUUCAAAGAAAGCCAAGGGUCACCCCAAAGACUACAAUUAACUCACUUCUUCUCUUAAACAUGUUGACUUAUUGCACUUUACCAUUUUCCUUCUCUGGAUACAAGGAAAAAACAACUUAAUUUCAUAUAUCUCUUACCGUUUUGUCUUUAAGCCUAAAGAAAUAUGUUAUGUUAAUUGCUGGUGCACAAUCAUCGGCAGUGAACCUGUUAUGAUGUCUGUGCCUUUUGUGGAAUCAUUAAAAAUGCAAAAGCACA